ACUAUCAGUUGUGUUGAUCACUCAUCGCAGUUUUGAUGUUGCCCCGACGAAGUUUUCAAGUGUAUUUCAAUGUAGAAAAUAUAGAUAAUAUUUAAGUUUUCAAUAUGUAAUUAUUAGUUCAAUAGGAUCAACAUUUUAUAAAAUCGUAAAUGACGCCCACGAAGACAACAAAAACUGAAGUAGAAAUGGUGAUACGAAAUAGAAAAACUGUUAUGAAAGACGGGAUUAUGACAAUGACGGGCAUCGGUGAGCCUUCUGUAUUCCACGCUCUGGUCGUGAUAUUUUUGGAAUUCUUCGCAUGGGGUUUGUUAACGAUGCCCAUAAUAUCAGUAUUAAAUGCAACAUUCCCGGAUCAUACAUUUUUAAUGAACGGCCUCAUCAUGGGCAUAAAAGGAAUAUUAUCAUUUCUGUCUGCACCGCUGAUUGGAGCACUAUCCGACGUGUGGGGAAGAAAAUUUUUCCUCCUAGUGACUGUAUUCUUUACGUGUGCCCCAAUACCGCUGAUGACAAUCAAUACGUGGUGGUUCUUUGCCAUGAUCAGUAUUAGCGGAGUGUUUGCUGUGACCUUCUCGAUAGUGUUCGCGUACGUGGCCGACGUCACCACAGAAGCAGAGCGCUCUCGAGCGUACGGCCUAGUGUCCGCGACUUUUGCAGCCAGCAUGGUGAUAUCACCUGCCCUUGGUGCUUAUCUGAUGGACUUGUAUGGCGAGGCGCUGGUUGUUGCCUUCGCUACGGCUGUCGCUGUUCUCGACGUAUUCUUUAUUAUGGUUGCAGUACCUGAAAGCCUCCCUGAGAAGGUCCGUCCUAGUGGCUGGGGUCCUGCUAUAAGUUGGGAGCAGGCCGAUCCAUUUGCAGCACUGAGAAAAGUUGGUGCAGACCGUACAGUGCUCAUGUUGUGUGUGGCAGUGUUCUUAUCAUAUCUUCCUGAAGCUGGCCAGUAUUCUUGUAUAUUUGUGUAUUUGAAACUAGUGAUGGGAUUUGGUGUGGUGCAGGUGGCCAUAUUUAUUGCAAUUGUGGGGGUACUUAGCAUUGCUGUACAAGUAGUUUUAGGGUUCCUUAUGAAGAAUUUGGGAGCAAAGCAUACUAUAAUGGUUGGACUAUUGUUUGAGAUGCUGCAACUGAUGUGGUAUGGAUUUGGAAGCAGAACAUGGAUGAUGUGGGCUGCAGGUGUGCUGGCUGCUCUGGGCUCCCUCACCUACCCAGCUAUUAGUGCAUAUGUGUCUGUGAAUAGUCGAGCUGAUAGACAAGGCGUAGUGCAGGGCAUGGUGACUGGAGUGAGAGGGCUCUGCAAUGGUCUUGGUCCUGCCAUGUUUGGUGUAAUAUUCUACCUGUUUCAUGUUGAUUUGAAUGAAGAACAUGCAGUCACAGGAAUUGAAGGCCAUCCAGAUGAUGAUAAAUACAUAAGAAUGGUACCUGGACCACCUUUUGUGUUGGGAGCACUAUUAGUUAUAUGUGCAUUGCUUGUGGCGGCAUUUUUGCCUGAGGAUGGGACUCCAACUGUCCGCCGAUCUCCCCCUGAUUUACGGUUUGAAAUGGAACAUGGACGCCGAGUUGCUGGACCUCUGUCCCCUCUGAUGGCACCUGAGUCAGCUGCCCUCUAGCUAGCGGCCAAAGCUGGCAGAGCUGCCAGUGUUUAAGUUCUCCGGCUGAGAGUGGGGAAGGAAGAAUGCAUUUAGCAAAGUACCAAAGCAAACUCAGUGAUAAAUGUGAGUUAUUUCUAUGACAGUAUAGACUACAUUCCGAUAUCCAUCUAUUUAUGUGUCACUGUUAUUUUUUAUAGCUAUUUAAUGACUGUUCUUCAAUGAUUCUCCAAUGCUCGGGGUGCAAAGAAGUGUUACAAUAAAUCAUUUGAAAUCAUUAGUAAUCACUAUAUUCAUAAUUUGAGCUUAUAUCUUCUACUUACCUUAUUUACAAAUAGAUAAUAAGGUAUAGAGUGUGGUUAAAAUUUGAAAUAUUCUUCAGUAUUAUUUACAAUUUAAUUUUCCAUAUAAUUCAAGAUUUAUUUAUUUAUUUGAGCAAUUGUGUUUAAACUCCAAUACUGUAUUAUUAGAUGUAAUCAUUAAUUAUUUUCUGAUGUAAUGUUACUGAUCACCACUGCACUUGACUCAUCACAUCCCAAAAAAGUAUUAAUAGAAAUACAAAUAUACUUUUAGUUACUACUAAUUAUUUAAAUUGAGUUAAUUAUUAUUAUAACUUGUUGACCUUAUUUCUCUUUAUAUGGGUCUUCAAAAUAAAUAGUAAAUAGGUUUUCAUUUAACAUCAAAAUGACCUAUGACUUGCAUAUCCUAUUCCUUAAAACAAAUCUUUUGUUACCCCCCAGUUGUCUUCUUAACACUCUGUGAAAGUUAUGUUUACCAAAACUGUUAAAUUUCAGCCUUCCCCUUGGCUGUGGUUGAUGAGGAGUCCAAUCUAAGAGAAUAUUUACAUCUCUGUAGUCAUCCAUUCUCAAUAAAUGUCCUGCCCAUCUCAAUUUUUGUCCUUUAAUGAAGCAAACAAUUCAUUCAGGAUUACCUUUGGAGGCUCAUGAUCCUUUUUUAGGUGAUAGCUACCUCCUUCAUCCUACAAUGGUCUAAUCACAUUUAUAUUUUAAAAAAUUAACUAACAAAAUUACUAAGAUUAGCAAAGAAAUUUAGUAUAAAGAUUAUUUUUGAGUGAUAUCCCUCACAUCUAGGAUUAAAUAUUCAAAUUUAAUAGUCAAAGUCAAAGUCAAAAAAUCUUUAUUCACUGUAAAACUUUAUAAGUUAUUUAGUGCAAGCCAGGAUGAAGUACAAAAGUUACAAUAGCAUUCAAAUGAGUAACACAAUAUUCAUUAACAAAAUUUAGAACAUUAAUUCCAACUAUCUUUAUCAUUCAAAUAAUCUUUCACGCUAUAAUAGGCCUUAGAUGUUAAUUUAUUUUUUACGAUACAUUUAAAUUUUUUUAUAGGUAACAUUUUAAUUUCAUUUGGGAGUUUAUUAUUAAAUACAACACAAUCCACCUUAAAAGAUUUAGCAAUUUUACGGAGCCUAGUAGAUGGAAUUGCGAGUUUAUGUUUGUUUCGAGUAUUGACACUGUGUACAUCACUAUUCUUUUUAAUUUGGCUAAUAUUUUUAUGGGUGUAUAGGAGGUGCUCGUAUAUGUACUGGCAGUGUACUGUCAUAAUAUUUAUUUCACUAAACUUUUCUCUCAAUGAAUCCCUUGAACACAUUUUAUAGACUGCUUGAAUUGCUCUUUUAUGCAGCACAAAUUUGUUUUCAAUAUCUGCAGCCCUACCCCACAAUAUAAUUCCGUAAGACAUGACACUAUGACAAUAAUUUAUAUUAGUACCUCCAAAUUUAUGGAUGUGCUAAAAAAUAAACAUUCUCCCUUCAGCAAUCACAAAAAAGCUGUCAAAUAACAGUUUUUUUGUGAGAAUGUUUAAAAGCAGUUAUUUGACAGCUUUUUUUAUAGUAUUAGUUGCUUUAGACCUUUGCCUUUUAAAAAGACUUACAUUGAGCCCCUACAGUAUGCAGAACUUAAUCUGCUGUUUUGUCACAAAUUUAGGUGAAUUUUGAUAAGAUAUUAAUAAAAGGGCUGGUAGGGUUUUGGAAUCGAUCCCCUAUAUGGGAUAUUUUCACAGAUGAAAUAGUUUAUAGUUAUUACUCCUAAAGUUUUAUUACUACAUGCUAGAAAAAUGGCAGAAGUCUACUUUGAUGGAAUUAUUAGUUAGUUUUGUUUUAUUGUCUAAAAAUGUGAAUUAUUUUUUAUUACCUGUUUAUUACAUGCAGUUGUAUAUUGCUAUCAUGUUAUAUUUGCUGUUCAACAGAAUUAACUUGAAUGGAGUGUUUGAUAACACUGUUGGAAAUAAAACAGUUAUACAUUUGUUAUAGAGUUUUUGGUGCUAUUCUUUCAGAUUCUAUCACACAACAUAGUUUUGUAUGAAACUAUUUGUUUUAUUUCUGCACUUCCAGCUUUUAUUUGGCAGCUUUGUAGUGUUGUGACUAAAGCAUUUUUUUUUUUGGCUUUUCUCUACCAAACUUGGUAAUCAGUGCUUAGCACAACAACCCAUAUUUUUGUCUCUUUCUUUGUGUACUGUUUGUCUUGUUGCUUUUUUAAUUGUAUUUGUCAGUUCCAUAUGCUACAACUCAUUAUUAGGGUUCCAUAGCCAAAUGGCAAAAAACGGAAAACUUAUAGAUUCAUCAUGUCUGUCUGUGCAUGUCAUAGCCACUUUUGUCCAAAACUAUAAGUUAUUAACUAACUAUAAUUAAUUAACUAUGCAACGCUCCUGUGAUUCCUCUGGUGGUGCAAGAGAAUGUGGGCGACGGUGAUCACUUAACAACAGGUGACUUGACACUUGUUUGUCCUAUUUCAUAAAAAAAACUAUACUAUUGAAACUUGGUAACAAGAUGUAUUCUGUGAACCGCAUUUAAGUCUUCAAAAAUGAUAUUGAAGUUUCUACAUCAUUAUUUUCUAAACUGAAUAGUUUGCGCAAAAGACACCUCCAAAGUGGUAAAAUGACAAACAACUUCUAAAAUAAGAGAAUGGUAAAACUAAAAAAAAAUAUGAUGUACGUGAAUCGUGUGAACAUGAUCUAGUAAUUAGUUUUGUUAAUACGUAUAAAUGAUGAGAGCUCAUUUGCACUGUAUGAUUUUGAGAUUUUUUGCCUUUUCCAUUUCAAUAAUUUUCCUUUGUAUAUAAACUUUUUUUCUUGUGUUAUUUGCUGCUACGGAACCCAUGGGAAUUCAUGGGCGAGUCCGACUCAUAUUUGGCCCCUUUUUUAUUAUUAUCAAUAUUAUAUGCAGAUGAUCUGUUUGACAUCAAUUGUGUAAUGUCCUUGUUCCAAACUACAUAUUAGAUGUUCUAAAGGCUGUCAAUGAUUGUGUAAUAUAACUGGUUUUUAUUGUCGAAAUAGAAUGAAUAUUCGGAAAUUCCUCAACUAGAUUAUUGUUAAGAAUAAUAAGUUUUCCUGCUAUAGAGGUUAUCAUGAUAAAACAAUAUCUGUUAUUUAAUCACACGCGAAACUCUUUACGUUUGCUUAAUUAAAUUGAUCACGAUAGUGAUUAAAAUCAUAGGUCUCAGAUCGUAUUAAAUGUGCAUCGAACUUUUGAAUCCUUUACUUAUGCUAAAGCAGAAACCAAUUUUAUCUUUUUAUUUGACGAAAAAAUAACGCAACAACGUCAUUCUCAAAUAAAUCAAGUUCAUCCAAAAGAGAAGAAUGUAAGGUAUGUGAGCAAUGUCUGUUAUUUAACUCAAUACAUAACAAAACAUUGACAUUGACCCGAAUUGCGCGGGAAAUGAGCGUGUUACUCGCGGCGGCUGUAUGCAGUGCUGCAGUAGCCUGCCAGUCGAUACAAGAUCAUUAAUUACACUAUAAGUAAUAAAACAUUUAAUACGACACAUGCAAAUCAAAUUAUCGCGUUGAAAAUAUUUUUAAUUAUGGCGAGGUUGUUCCGUAGAGCCUGUAUAAAUCUACAGGUGUAUUGUAAAUUAUAAUGAAAUAAGAAUAAUUAUAUAUUUCACAAUUAUUCAAUAUCACAAAUAUUCACAAAAUAAUUAUAUAUUUAAAAAAAAGUAGAAGGCAUUACGUCGCGGCAAUGAUCUACCACUCCAGUACAUAUGGACAUAAAAUAUAGGCACGUCUGAAAGAAAUUUAAGAAUACCGAUCCGUACUGAUUCAGAUCCAAAAUUAAAAUAAGUAUGGGGAAAAUAAGAAACAUUCGAAUUAUUUAUAAUGUACAUUGUGCUAUCGUGCUCGUAUGGAAAAGUUUGAGUGAUAUUGGCAUGGUUCCAGAUACCACAUGUGCUGUGUUAUUGGUUUAAAGACGAGUAUUUAUCUAUAUUAAAAGGCAUAAAAGGUAUUUAUUUUCUCAAAAUUGAUUCCUUUAGAAUUCUUUUUGAUGUCAUUUCUUAUACUACUACCGCUUCGGAAACAAAUGGCGCUCUGAGAGAGAAGAAGCGGCGCAAGAAACUCUCCCAGUUCCCAGUCCCUUUAUAUCAUUGCAAGUCAGCUAUACCAAAUACAGCUGAGGUACAAACAAACCAACGUACUUAUAAAUGACCAGAGAUUGGAACUUGUGAACACUACGGUAUUUUUGGGUAUCACGUUAGAUAAAUAGCUUCAGUGGUGUCCGGAUAUGCCCAACUAGCAGAUAGUUUAUUAAAGAACAAGGCAAAAUACGUUGGAGAUUAAAUUAGACUGUUGAUUUUUGCUUUGAUUUUCGGUCCUUCAAUGAAGCAUCGAAAAUGAAGUGUCUUGGUGUUCAUGUGGUGAUGAAAUUCACUAAACGCCCGUUCGUUUUCAUCGGCAUCGGUCUUUCAAUAUAGUCAUCGUUUAUCAGCAAAGAUUCGAUUUAAAUGGUUAUGUAAAACAUUCGUACCUAUCAAUACUAUACAUGGCACAACUGAAUUCAGCAAACCAAAACAAAAUGCAGAAUGAUUAGGCAAUUUUAGAUGAUUAUAAUAUAUCAACAUUUAAAUAAUAAGAGUUCUUAGUAAUGCUAAAUAAUGUUGUAUAAAAAUUUUCACCUACACGUUUAUAAAUAAAACUCCAUAACUUUACAUCUAUUUAAGUUACUAAAUGUUAUAAUAAAGAAAGGUCAGAUUCCACAGACAAACCAUCUUGAUGGUAUUGUGAGACCAUUAUUUUAUUUAGUCAUUGUAAUGUCAAAGCUGUAAUAAAUAAAUAUAUAUAAGAUCCGCUGUGUAUAUUUAUAAUCUAUACUAAUAUUAUAAAGCUGCAGUGUUUGUUUGUUUAUUUGAACGCGCUAAUCUCUGGUACUACUGGUCCGAUUUGAAUGAUUCUUUCAGUGUUGGGUAGUCCUAUGCUAUAGGCUGUAUAUAUAUGUUUUUUUUUCAAAAUUAGGGAUCCGUAAUAAAAUUGCUAUUUUGUAACUCAAGGUGUAAAAUCGAAAACCUAUUUUUGCGUGCGCUGCAAAAACUAUUGACAAUAGAACAAAAUGAUGUACAGGCUAUAAUAUAGGCAAUAUUUUAUUACUUAUAAAACUAUCGCGUGAAUUAUACUUUAUAUGGCAAAACAACGUUUGCCGGGUCAGCUAGUAAAUAAUAUCUGAUUAUAAUUACGAAAGUUGACGUUUGCUAUAUUAUAAUAUUAUCGCGUAGCACAGCUAGUCAGAGAUCCCGUAAGUAUCAAUUAACAAAAAAAAAUUGUAACUUGGUGGGCUCAAAGUGACGAUCAACUUGACCGGGUACGGUAACUUAACGGCCGUUCCCAAUAUUCGUCUUUCUCUUACUUGUGAUAAAAAUCUUAACUAUCGUUGACUUUUCUAUCCCAAUAAACUUAUCGACGGUAUAUCCGUGCACGCUGACUGUCAAUGGAAUGACGUAUAGCUUACCAGCGAUAUAAAGUUUGUAUGUAAAUUGCAAUUCACGCGUCCCAAUAUAAGGCGAUAAGAAAUACUUAUCGGGUAUAUUGGGACAGCUUCAGAUUAUUGACAGCUAAUUACUGACAGUAGAAGGUAGUAAUUUGUCUCUAUCUGUAGAUAGUAUAUUGGGAACGGCCGUAAGUAACUUAUUAUCGUAACUCGUAUGCAAACUGUGAAAAUUACGAUUUGGUUAUUUUCACAGUUUCAACAUGCGUCCCGCAUGUUCUUAACUGUUGUUCACAAGUUAUCGGAGGUGACACUAAAUUAUAAAACCGGCCAUGUUUCAAUACUUGUACGCACCGUGUCCUGUCAACGUAUGCUAGUAGACAUAUGAACGUUUCUGAUAACUUCAUUUGCCUUCCACAAAAAAUUGCCAUGUAGAUAUAUGUACAGGGCACAAACCUGUGUUAUUUCGAUGCAAGCCUUUAUAACAGGCUCAAUGCCGUGAGAGGUUUAGCACUUUUAUUUUUGAAAGUCAUUGGCUUCAAUAUUACAGCGCAAAAUAUUGAUUAUUGAAAAUUGUUUUUGUAAAAUAUGAUAAUGUUUACGACGUGAUAAUAUUAUCAAUGGAAGCUUAUGACGAAUACAGUAUAAUACCAGUAUUACACAUUAUGACUAAUGUCGCUUUGUCUGUAUUAAUAACUAAAGUUACCAGUGGGAGGCUCCUGUGCACAGGAUGCAGUCGUGAUGGGUGGUGGUGGUACCAAAGGGGCACCAUUAUCUGUCGGGAGCCAGUACAGUGCUAGCAUUGUUGUUUUAAUAAAAUACUUAUUUAAGGCUACUAUCCCAAGCAAUCGCCAAAAUAGUGCAUAAUUUGUAACAAUUUCUUGGCAGUUUAUAUAAAGCUUAUAUUUUUACAAAAAAUAAUGAUAUAUCGACAGAAUAUGAGAAGAAAAUACAUUUUUUCUUUACAUUUAUUUUUUUUAUAGACAGUGCAAAAAAAUCACCAAACUACCCCUUACUUUACAGUUGGAGCAAUGCUAAUUAUUCAAUUUAGGUAAAAAUUGUAUGAAAAUUUAUUAAUUGUACACCAACACUAUUUAACAUGACAAAGUUUUGUAAAGAAAAUUGUAUAAUGCUUGUAAUAAAUUAAAGAUACUUCUUAUUUUGAAUUAAAACUAUGGCGAUCUUGUGCGUAUGAGGUAGCCUGGCUCCGAACGAUUCCUAGGCUAUCUGCUCGGUCCCCAGCCUUAAUAGAGCAGUUUUCAUGGACUCUAAAUACAAAAGUACAUAAUUUAAAAUAAAUUAUACUUUGUUUAGAGCUAUUAAAAUCACGAAAUAAGUUUCUCUGAAUCAACGCAACCAAGCAGGCGUGAGGUUGUCGGUACCUAUUCUUUCCUUUGCUGGAAAGAAGAAGGUGCUGUAAAGGCAUAAAAGGCAUUUAUUUUCUCACUACUACCGCUUCGGAAACAAAUGGCGCUCUGAGAGAGAAGAAGCGGCGCAAGAAACUCUCCCAGCAUUCUUUUUUUUGCGCUCUUUUCAAUAAAAAAUAUACAAUAUUGUACAGUCAUUUCUAUCGCUAUAAAAUAAUCACAAUCUAGUCCCAGGCUGUCCGAUCAUUUAGAUAUUCAGCAGUGGAGUAAUAGCAUUUACGACAGAGCCAUUUUUUUAUAAAACAUUUAAAUUUAUUUAUAGAUAAUGCCUGAACAGUGGCUGGGACUUUAUUGUAGAAGUGUAUACAUUUACCCUUAAAGCUAUUAUGUAUCUUAUGAAGCCUACUAGAAUUAGUUACAAGCAAUCCCUUAUUUCUAGUGUUGUAAUAAUGAAAAUCACUAUUAAGAGCAAAAAGGUGACGAUUUUUGUGAACAUAUAUUAAAUUUUCAUAAAUGUACUGACAAUGAUAAGUCAUAAUAUUUAUUUCUUUAAAUUUUUCUUUGAGAGACUGUCUAAAACCAAGCUGAUAUAUACACGAACAGCUCUCUUUUGCAGUGCAAACACUAUAUCAAUGUCAGCAGCAUGACCCCAUAGUAAUAUACUGUACGUCAUGAUGCUGUGAAAAUAACUAAAGUACACUAAUCUAGCGGUCGCAACAUUCGUGUACUCUCUAAUCUUUCUAACUGCAUAUGCCGCAGAGCUGAGUCUAUCUGCUAGAUGGGUAAUAUGUGGACCCCACUGAAGCUUUUUAUCUAACGUGAUACCCAAGAAGACCGUAGUGUCCACAAGUUCCAAUCUCUGGUCAUUUAUAAGUACGUUGGUUUGUAUCUCCGCUAUGUUUGGUGUAAUGAACCGUAAACACUUUGUUUUUUUACUGUUUAAGUGCAGAUUAUUCGUUUCAAACCAACGCACUAUCUUUGAGAGUGCAUUGCUUACCUCGUCAUCAAUAUCCGCACGCCGCUUCACUUUAAAAAUAAGUGAAGUAUCAUCAACAAACAAUACAAUCUCAUGGCUAUCAUCUACCACAAACGGUAGAUCGUUUUUAUAUAUAAGAAACAAGAAAGGGCCGAGAAUAGAACCCUGUGGAACACCUAUUCCCACAGGUUUACCCUAAGACCGUUUGCCAUUUACAUCGACUAUCUGAACUGAAUUUUAACAGAUUUAGGGCUCUAUUUUUCACUCCAUAAUGUUUUAGUUUUAGGAGUAAAGUUUCAAGUUUCAUGUAUGUAUGUUCAUCAUAAUAGGUAAUCAGAUUUUUAAAAUUAAAACACGGUCCGAUUUGACAGGAGACUAAUGGACACUAAAUUGUUUCAAAACGAUUUCAUAGUCUUCAUCUAUUCCGUUUCUUUGUCACACCUAGUUUUUUUAUGUGAGGAUAUUAUCUCCCUUUCACACAGGGUUCGUAUUCUACGGUAAUGUAAUGUAAUAAGUUUAUGGUUACGCUUCACGUCCGUAUUGCCCAAAGCAUGUAUAUGGGAAUUAUCAACGGAAAUUUGAUGCAUAAGACGUUGCAAAUCAAUUGUUUACCUCGUGUAAGAAGUAAGCGCUCCUAGGAGCAAGAUAAAUACAUGUCAACGUUUUAUUAUGUAUUUGUGUGUCAUUAUCGGCUAGCGGCCUCAUAUUUCUUAUGACCUGACAAUAACAGGAAUGUAUUAUGGGGGCAAGGUGGCACAAGGAUUUCAAAGUCAGAAUAAAUCAUAGCAAAAAAGUGUUGAUAUUUAUUUGAAAACAAAGAAUAUUGCCUAUUUCAACGAAAUAUCAACUUGUUUUGGAAUCUUCCUUCAAAAUGCACCAUCGUAGAGCGUGGGGUGGGCUAAUGACUUAUGAUGCGAGAAGUACUUCAAGCUUUUACCAUGAACAGUUGUAAGCUAUUCUGACAGAGGUUUAAGCUCGAUCGAGUCAGUGAAAGAGAUCGUGUUGGAAUAGUGCUGCUUUCCUGUUGAGUGAAUUGAAUUAAUUAUUUAACUAUAUAGGCCAUAAUUACCGAAUGUAGUAUAUGCACGCAAGCGUUCAUUUAUUGACGAAAAUAACAUUUUAAAGACUAACUGUUUUGUUAUUUCCAACGACUGUAGUCUAAAGCCUUUAGUAUUACUACUGCCUUAAAGCACUGUCUAGUCUCUCAUUAAGCUCAGCUUUCUUGAUUUGUGAUGUAAUGCUAUCAUUUAAUAGUCAGACAUAUCAGUGAAUUGCAAAUUAUAACAAUUGUUCACUCGUGAGCAAUUAUUAAAAGCAAAUCUAUGACGUGGCCAUGACGUCAGCGGAGAUUCGUGACUCCAUUUUGGACAAUAGUCUUACAAAGAGUUGCAGUUUCCUAUUAUCUACCCACGUAUUCUUACAGUACUAAAUUAAGAUACUGAAUUCUUUUUUUGUGGGUUUCCAUCCGAAUAGUGAUUAAAAAUUAAAGCUCCUUCCACAAUAUAUUCUGUUAUUAUAAUUUUUAUUUGCCAUCCCUUCAUAACUACACUCAAAAGUAGUUAUUGAGAGCAAUUUAAAAUUCAUAGCUAACCUUGUGAACAGUUUCAAUUGAAUAAAUAAUCAAUAAUAAAUUCUGUUAAUCUCACGUUACAUUUCGAUACUAAAAGUUAAUCUAUUUAUUAUAGUCUUUAUCAAUAUGGAAUCUAUAAUACAUAAAAUAUAUAUUUAUUACUAAGAAUCUAUUUGUUCAAUGAAAUUAUAUAUACCCUUUUAAUAUAUUUUUAUUCCAAUAACUUUAAAUAAUUAUACUUAAUCUGAUUCAAGAUGUAUAAAAUAAAACAUAGAACAAGUUAUGGAAUGACACCGGUAGUCUGAUAUAAUAAACCCUUUUAAUAUAGAUAUAAAUUUUAUAAUAAUGAUAAGACUUUGAUGGUAUUCCAUUAUUUAAUUGAUUCUGUACGUAAAGACUACCUAUAUAAUAUCUGUUUUGAUUUCGAAUCAACAAAUUCGGAAAAGCAAAACAAAUUAUAUAUCCAUAGUGGUCGAAAUGGCUAGAUUGAAGUAGAUUCAUUUAUAUAGAUUGAAGUAUUUGUGAGAUCUCUUAUAAAUAGUCUAACCGCACUACCCUCAUUGGGGAGAUGUAAGCUCAACCAUUUUCAUAUCAUUCAAAGCACGCUAUCAGUACCCGUGUCAUCUGCAUCAUUGCUCAGAGCUAAUAAUGACUUCUACGACAGACAUGGCAGACAGCACUGGACUGGCGGCUGUCAAAGUGCUGUUAUGUAUUUUUAUAUUCGCCAGUUUGGCGCUGUUAGCGAGAGUCUGCAGUACUAAAACUAGUGAUGACAACCUCAGCAAACAUCGAUAGAUGGUGGGAAACUAUUUACAAAAAAAGUGUACUUAAAUACAUUGAUUCUUGAAGUAUAAAUAACACGGAAAACCAACGAAAUUAAAUCAAAAUGCAAAAAUACGUCAGAGUAUUGUAGGCUCCUCAGCUUUGGUAUCGUUCGCAGCCAUUUGUAUUAGACGUCAAAAUUAGUUCCCAGGACGCUCGCGAGUGGCGCUCCAAAUAGGCACAAAAAAUUUGCUGUCACACAUAAGGAUCAGCAUGUCCAGUGGUAUUUAUACAGGCCAGUGAUGUGAAGUGUUUGUGUAUUUAAAAAAGUAAUACAUGAUUCCUGGCUUUUGUAACAACAGUACAUCAUUCCUGCUUUACGCGGUGUUUGUAUACUUACCUACAAUACAUAUUUACAGUCGUUAUGAUGUCAAUAAAAUAACAUAAAUUCAGUACGAUAUAAUACAGAUUAAUCUUCCUUUAUCGAUUUGCUGAUUAUUAAAAACGUGAGUCGAUAUAAAACAUUGUAACCGUAUUCAGUUAUAAUUAAUAAUUUAAGUAAAAUGUUUUUGGCCUAAGUUAUUGUGUUACACGCGAAAAAUAGGUAUGUACUACUUUAUUAUGUGAAUGGUUGAGUGUUAAUGUUAUUGCUUUUUUUUAUUUGAUACUUUUUUAUCAAUCAAGUAGUUGUUUGCCUGAUAGACAAAAAUAAUAGUUAACUUAUAUUUGACGCUUAUGUCAAAAUUAUUGCUUGGAGUUAACUUUUGGAAUACAAGUACAAACAAAACAAAAGCUUUUAGUUGAUGCUUUGUCAAAAAAUAUAUUUUUAUAAAAAAAUAGCUACAUUAACUGGUUUAGAUGUAGCUCAAACUAAAUGUUUACAAGUAUAAUAAUAAUACAGAUUAUAUUUAAUUACUUAUAAGAAAUACUGAUUUAAAUGUAAAUACAUUUGUAAAAUAGUUAAGUUAAUAAGUUUGUUUAAUUUGAUAAGUGUUGGGUUGUUGACAUUUUAUUUAUGUUGGCCGCGGGCGUCGCGAGAACUAUGUGGAUGUAAUAAACAUUAGCCCAUUGUAUUAACACCUAAAUAGUUAUUUAUCUAAUAUCAAAAUAGAUUUAAUGUUUUAGAUUUUAAGUGUAUAGUAUAACCGAUGUGCUUGUUCUCAAGCUGUGUUAAACGAAUUAUUGGUAAUUAUGUAAGUUUGAGUUUUGCAUCUUACAAACGGAAUAGGGGAGAUACCCUUCGACGAGGUUAACGAGUAUCAAAACAAAUAUUCAUUAAAUAAUAUUUGUGACAUUUUUCAUUAUUAUUUUAAUUAGUUUUUCUUAGAAAAAAUUAUAUUUUUACUAAUAUAAUAUUAGAAUUCGAUUUCAGGCUGUAAGUAAGUCUUAGAGUUCUAAAGCUCAGAGGCGAGAAGCCUUUAUUAGUGGCGCAAAUUUAUACAAACAAAAUGAUUAACUGUGUUAAAUAUACUUUAUAAUACUAACUUGUCUUAUUCUAGCGUUACAAAAUAAACCCUGGCGUUGAUUACAUAAAUAGCCCAUUAUUGCUUAUUUUCACUGAACUGCGCUGUCAAAUCCAUUCGUAUUUUAAGUAAUAAGCAUUACUUUAGCUGUUAAUUGCAUUCAUUUUGAGACGAAUUUUGCCCAAUAUAUAUAUACACUUAUGUUCACAUGAUAUAAGAAGAAAAAAUCGUGAAAGGGAAACAAAACUAAUUUUCUGCACAGUUGAAGUACUCAUUGGGAUUGUUUUGUUCCUACUUCUCUGAUAGAAGAUUAUUUCUUGGCCAAAUAUUUGUCAUUACUGUAUAUAUAUAUUACUAUUAGUAAAACGGGGUAAACAGGGACGAUUAGAAAGUUUUAAACCAAAUGUAUCUUUCUUCUUAGGACCUGAUUAUAUUUUAAUAGAUUUACUCCGUCAGCUUAAAUUUAAUGAAUUCCUGACUUUCCCUUAAAAUACAUUCUUUUCAGUUGAUAUUUUUAAAGUAUUACAGAUGUUAAUCGGCAAAUACAUAUAAUUUAUCUUUUGUGGUUUCUCUUAAGACUCUUUGAUUCAGCGACAGUUUCCUUCUUAAAUUAUUACCCAAAACAAAUGUACUUUUGCUAUGAAAUCAAAUAACACAUAAAAAACCGGUGCUUUAUGGCGCUUAACUUUGACAAAGUUUUUUUGUAUUAUUCGUGGCGUGGAUACUUAGUGUUGAUAGUGCAUAAAACAAAAUAUUACCAAGUAUAUUUAAAAAUAUUACUCCUCCUAUAGCCGUAAAUCCUUAUUUAAAUACUAUUUUAUAGUGAGCUUUGAAUAAGCUCUGUUGUGAUUUCCCUUGUUAUCCCACAAAUCCUUAACACCCCUUUCUACGGAGGUAGCUAAUUAUCCGCCUUUUUAAAUAAGUGUAAUACAAGCGUUGCUGGUCGUUUCAUAAAAAUACCUUGAAAACAUUGUCACGCUAUAUUGUCAUUGAAGAUCUCAAUUAGCGUUCUGCAGUUAUUAGUUAAUAAUAAUUUCCUAUUUUUUUCUUUGGGCAACGCUAAAAUAUAAGUUACAGAAAGUAAAAUGUAAACAUUUGUCGGGAGCUUACUUCCGUAACUACAAUGAAAGAUUGUCUGUACAUAUAAGGUAUUAAACUAUAUUUUGCACUCUAUAAUGAUUUCUCGCCAAAACCCUUCUUAAAAAUAGAAUAUAAUACUUAACCUAUUUUAUAUGGGAACUUUUAAAAUUGUCAACUUAAUGCGGGGAAAAUAUUAUUGUAAAUAGUAAAUAACCUGUAUAUUAUAAGACGAAAUUCUGCAUUUCUAGAGUGAGGUAUUUAUUUUCCUUCAAAUAUUUUUUAUUUAGUAAGUACAAAGAUUAUCUGUGAAUGGAUUAUGUGAUAUGGUAAAAUUACCGUCGACGAUAAUACAAAUUAUUUUAGCACUAACUGCUUCUUGAGUUAUCCCACGGUGAAAUAAUGUACCUAAAUGUUAAUAGAUACCUACCUAACAGUUUUGUAAAUAUUUAAGUAACAAGCAACGGGGUUUGCUAUUCGUUACAAAUUUAAACUGCUAGAUAAAAAUAAUAUUAAAUGUUAUUUUGGAUUUGAUACAGGUUUUUUUUUAAAUCAACUUUUGUGGUUAGUAGUUACUUAUAUCAAAAUUUUCCUUACAGAUUAAGAUUUUUGGUAAAUAUUGUCAGUUAUUGUAUAGUAUUUUUAUACUUCAAUCGAAACAUUGUUAUAAUCUAGCAGUCUAAAUUUGACAACGUAAAUGUGACAAUUAUUAAUACGAAACUCAAUAUUACCUAUGUUGCCUCUUUGUUGAAAAUUAAUAAAUGUAUGUAGCUAA